AUGGUCAGCAGCGCCAACCUUGCUCCAACGAUGAGCGUGCUCAGUCCGUCGCAUGCACAACUCUUGGCCUCUCAGCGUGGCCUGGGCCAGUCUCUGCAACAGCAACAGCAGCAACAACAACAGCAACAAGUACUUAUGACAACCAUGGGUCCCGAUGGUACAACAACUACCACCCUACAAGCGGCCACACUCAGUCCGCAUCAGCAACAAGCAUUAGCGCAUCACCAGCAGCAACAACAAACACAGCAACAACAGCUAUUGACGGUCACCACUCCUGCGGGUGCUGUAGGUGGCCAGUUACUGGUGAGCGCCGCAUCUGCGAGCCAGGCGCAUCAACUACAUCAGCUCCAGCAACAACAGCAACAACAACUUAACCAGCAACAUCAGCAGUCCGUGCUGACCGCAGCGACUGGUACACCCAUGCAGACGGUAAUAAAUGCCGCUGGUCAAGUAGUUGGCGUGACGACGGCGGGGGCAGCCAUGGCUGGUGGCCCUGGGGGUGGAGUUCGCUGGGCUAAUACUGUUAUGCCGGUUAGCCAAGGUAGGAUAGGUCCAGAUUUUUUCAAUAUCUUUUUUGCCUACUAUCCACUCCAUCCUUCUCAAGUAUGCAUUUGA